CUCGUGGCUCGGCAGAUGCAACAGGAAGGUCUGGAUUGAAACCUGAGGUGACCUACCUAGGUAACUUGCUUCGCAACCGGUCCGCUUCAUGAUCGUUUACACCCCCUUAUCACUGGGCUGUCAAAAUGAAGUCUGACACUUGAUCCCCCUAAAUUCGCCCACCAUCGUCACCAAGCCACAGGAAAUAGUCUGUACAAAAUCGCAUCUUCAGGUGUUGCCCUCUUCCUGAGCAAUGUCCUUGCCACCAUCACCUUCAACAUGGCGUUCCUGAUCAACCGAUCGUCAGCCGAGGAUGGCUUCUUUGAGCCAGGAGAACAUAUCGUGACAGAGACCAACCUCAACCCAAUCCUUCAGAUGUCAACAUGGCUUCUACUCGGACUUACCACGCUGAUGUUCUGUUUCCGGCUUCUCACGAGGUUCUUUCUGCGCUCAAACAAUGUGUUGGGCGUUGAGGAGGCUUUGGCCUUGUCUGCAUAUCUUUUGAGUCUCGGGCAAUCUGUGACGGUCAUCAUCCCCGAAGGCGGGAUCUUUGGUAGAACACUUGCGGACAUAUCAGCCGACGAGUUGACAGCGGGAAUGCGUGCGGCGUACGCGGGCGAUCUGCUCUUCAUCCUCAGCCUCGGAUGCGGCAAGCUCACCCUCUGCGCAUGUCUCCUUACCCUCUCUCCAGACAGGAUGCAUAGACGCAUGGUGUAUUUGUUAGGCUCAGUCGUUGUGCUCUGGACGCUCUCAGCGCUCCUUGGCUCAGCUCUGCGGUGUGGGGGGCAGCUCCCUUGGCUUGCAAAGACUGAGCAGUGCUUUAACUUGCGUGCGUUCUUGGAGUAUCAAAGCAUCGCCAAUAUCCUGACCGACGCCGCUCUCGUGGCUCUCCCGGUGGUCAUGAUCUAUCCUCUCAACUUAUCCCUCAAGUCCCGGGCGACCGUCCUCAUGUUCUUCGCUUCACGUGCAUUAGUCAUCAUCCCGACCGUUUUCCAACUCAUCUACCUCCCUCGCCUAUUCGAAGCCGACUUCACCCUGCGAGCAUUCCCAUACUAUCUCAGCGUGCAACUCGUCCAGUUCGCCUCCGUCUCGGCAACCUGUCUGGUCUACUUUUGGCCCCUGAUGAACUCGCUCCGGAGCGGGCUCAUGUGGGCUGACAACAUCGAGUCGAGAAUGUCAUCCUCCCGGCUCGGCAUGUCCAAGUUUUCCAACAAGUCCCGUGGCACUGGAGGAGCAGCCACGGCAACUAUCCAUUCGGUGGCAGGCUCUGACACUCCGAGUCGCCGGAAUUACAUCAAGAUCACCACGGGUUACGCCGUAAGCUCGGGCAGCUUGCCGAUCCAGGAUGGGAAGACGAGUCCUACGCGGCCGGAGCCGAGUGGGAGUGGUAAUGGUGCAUGAGGACUGGAUCUAGCAGGGAUUGGUGGUGUUUGUUCAG